UCUCUUCCGAGUCGGGAUUACGUUUUUUUUAGAUUAACAGCUGUAAAACUGUAAAUAACACAAAAGAGAACUGGUCGAUAUUAUUUUAACUUUCGUACAAGUCUGUCUUUAAUUAAUAAUAUAUAAUUAAUAUUCAUUUUGUAAAUAUAUUGACUCUGUUAAUAAUAUGACAAACAAAUUCGAAGCGUAAGUGAGUCAGUUGUUUACAAACAUUGUUUCCCUAAUAUGCUCUCUCCAGAUGGCCAAGGGGCUCAAAAGUAGUGAUGAUAGCGGUGAAGACGAAUCGGCGUACAAGGAUAUUAAGAAUACAGAUUUAUCUACAGUGCCUUUAGAAAUUCCGCCCGGUGAUCACAAACUUCAAUACUGCUAUUGCCUGUGGUACAGCCGUCGGUCACCGGGCAAACAGACUUUACAAUCGUACGACCAGCACCUAAAGUCCAUAGGAUGUUUUGGUUCAGUCGAGCAGUUUUGGGCAAUAAAUAGUCAUUUAGCACGGCCGAGUGAACUCCCGAGUCAUUCAGACUAUCACCUUUUCAAAGUCGGCAUAAAACCUAUGUGGGAGGAUGAGGCAAAUCAGAAAGGGGGGAAAUGGAUUGUUAGACUUCGGAAAGGGUUUGCCUCGCGAUGUUGGGAAAAUCUUGUACUCGCCAUCCUUGGUGAGCAGUUCAUGGUUGGGCAAGAGAUUUGCGGAGCGGUCGUGUCUAUAAGAUUUCAGGAGGAUAUAAUUUGUGUAUGGAAUAAGACAGCCUCGGAUACGCAUACCACUGCUAGAAUUCGUGACGCGAUGAGAAGAGUCUUGAACUUACCCCCGAACACUAUACUGGAGUACAAAACACACAUCGACAGUUUAAAAUCAACAAGGAAAGCGGAAACGGCCCAUUACAAUUCAACGAGAGAAGGAAAUAAUACAACUGUCAAUACAAAUGUCACUACAAAUAAUGUGUAAAUCCGUUUUACCAAAAUAAUAAAAGGCAUAAAAACAAA